AUGUCUUGUCCUUGUAGCAACCAACCAGUGGCCAGUGGUGAUGAGCACAUUGUGAUCCCAGUGGCUUCAGAUGUGGAUGAUGAAUGGCUAGAAUCCAUAAUGAAUGAAGGAGAGUCCUCAUCCUCGCAUAAGAAGUUACCCAAGGUCCCCGAGAUGCUUCAGCAGACGGAAUCCAACAAGAAAUGCUACGAACCAGAGGUGGUUUCUAUCGGUCCCUACCACCAUAACAAAGCCAAGCUCAAAUCAUUUGAGAAACUAAAAGUUCGAUUCACAAAAGAGUAUGUCAAUAGUUAUAAGCCUAAAACCUCAGCAACUGCACUAUAUAAGCAGGUUGCAGAUGUCGCUGGUGAGGCAAGAAACUGCUAUGCUGAGGACGCGACAAAAAGCUUCGAUGACAGAGACUUCACUCUGAUGAUGUUCCUCGAUGGUUGCUUCAUCCUCCAAUAUAUUCACUACAUGAAUGACGAAGAAGCGGAAGCCAAAAUGAAGAUGAAGAAUCACGAGAAAGCUUUCGUGCAACGUGACUUGUUCUUGCUCGAGAAUCAGCUUCCUUUCAAAGUCCUCCAGGCACUGAUGACCAUGAACUCGGAAUUUGCUGGAGAGAAAGGCUUGGAGUUGAUUAACAAGUUCAUUCAAAACACGAGGCCAAGUCCUCCUCUUCAUAAUUCAUUUUGGGAAUCGGUGGAAAAUUGCAUUGCUAGCAUUACCAACAGGUUAUCCUUCCAAAAAAACAUUACCAACAGGCACAAAGAAGAAUCCAAAAAAUCAAAUUCACAAUUAGUCGAACCCGCUCAUCUUCUAGAACUCAAGCACAGGCAACUUAUUGAACCCAAAGCUUUCAGUACUCCUUGCACUGAAAACAGAGGAGGAGGCAACACCAACCUUCUCAAAAAAUCCUCUACUAAACGAGAAAGAAAUAAUUGGUACUCGUAUCGCUCAGUGCAGGAGCUCAAGACCGCGGGGAUCAACUUCAGGCCUAACAAAAAAGGCAGAUUUGUUACUGGUGUAAGGUAUGAACCUCUCUUCAUUAAAGCAAUUUUAAGGCUUCCUCCAAUGACAAUUGAUGAUUCAACCCAGUCUUUACUACUAAACUUGGUAGCCUAUGAGAUGUCUCCUGAUAGUCCCAAUGACUUUGAAGUCACCUCAUUUAUAUGGUUUAUGGAUACACUGAUUGAUCAUGCUGAUGAUGUGAAGGAGCUGAGAAAGAAUGGAAUACUUCUAAACUACCUCGGUAGCGACGAAGAGGUGGCUGGUCUUUUCAAUGAGAUAGCCAAGAACUUAGUGCCUAACCCUGAUGCCUAUAAAGAUGUUAUAGACCAAAUCGAAAAGCACUAUAAGAACAAGGUGAGACUGUGGAUGACUGAAUGGUUGCAUACCCAUUUUGACACCCCUUGGACUAUUCUUGCUUUCCUUGGAGCUAUUUUAGCAAUUGUCUUGAGCUUCAUUCAGACUUAUAUUGCUAUCAAUCCUAGCACAAAUAGCACAAAUUCGGGAAAAUGA